AUGACUCCGCCAAAACCGGCGUCAAGCCAGACGUCGCUAUUUCAGGUUUAUCUCCGAUUGCGACCGCCAAUUACCAAAGAAGAAGCAGCAAAUGCCCAAAGAUGCGAGCGAUACCUGAAUGUUGAGCCCGUAGAUACUCAAGAUGAAUCUCAAUCACAUAGUGAUCACCCUACGCACAUUACCCUGCAACCACCCAAUGACUCUCGCAAACGCGCCGUCGAAAAAUUCGCCUUUACACGAGUGUUCGAGGAGGAUUCCAGGCAGCUUGAGCUAUUUGAGAGUACUGGAAUGGCAUCGCUAAUUGAUGGAGUCCUGAAUGAGGGCCGAGACGGUCUCGUUGCUACUCUUGGAGUUACUGGCAGUGGGAAGAGUCACACUAUUCUUGGAUCCAAGAACCAGCGUGGGAUAACGCAAAUGUCUCUUGACGUCCUCUUCAGAUCCUUAUCGGGCACCAUUCAAUCUGCAGACAGCUUUGAGGACCCUUCCCUCCUGCCAUCACUGAGCGCAUCCGACUCCUCUGAGGCUCAGAUAUUUUCGGCCAGAAAUUUCAUUCAUAGCAUUUAUGGGGACCCAAGUGAGCGAAGCCGCGCCUCAAGAGCGCAAACGCCCAUGUCUAGAUCCCAGACUCCAAUGACGGAAUCAUUUCCCACGCCGGUAAUUCCACGUCGUCAUUUAAACCAACGUUUAGCGGCUCUCCCAGUAACCCCCGAUGUUUCCCAUCUUUCUACAAAAGUGGAUUCGUCCGAGCAUGUCGUUGUUGUGUCAAUGUAUGAAGUAUACAAUGAUCGCAUAUUUGACUUACUUUCGCCGUCACUUGUGCCCGGUCCUGGCGGAACCAUGAGUCGGCAGGGAGCAAACAACCAGCGCGAAAGACGGCGACCAUUACUAUUCAAAUCCACAGAGGGCUCGCCUGAUAGGAAAAUCGUGGCCGGCCUACGAAAAGUAGUUUGCAGUACCUACGAGGAGGCCAUGAUGGUCUUGGAGACUGGCCUCAAUGAACGUCGAAUCGCUGGCACUGGGAGUAACAACGCUAGUUCCCGAAGCCACGGAUUCUUCUGCCUUGAGGUGAAAAAGAAAGUCCGCGGUCGUCGAUAUGGUGAGGUGGCUUGGGCUGGCAACACACUCACAGUGGUAGAUCUUGCAGGUUCCGAGAGAGCUCGAAAUGCGAAAACAGCCGGUGCGACAUUGGCCGAAGCUGGCAAGAUUAAUGAAAGCCUGAUGUAUCUCGGCCAAUGCUUGCAGAUGCAAAGCGCCUUCCAAGAAGGGAACAAGACCGUCGUUCCGUACAGACAGUGCAAGCUCACUGAACUUCUCUUCUCCAACUCAUUCCCGUCUUCCCACACAGCAUCUCAUAAUCGCCAUCCUCAAAAGGCCAUUAUGAUCGUUACCGCUGAUCCUCUGGGUGACUUUAAUGCCACGUCUCAAAUCCUUCGUUACUCGGCCUUGGCGCGAGAGGUUACCGUUCCUAGAAUUCCUUCUGUUACAAGCACAAUCUUAUCGGGUUCCUCUGUAUCGUCACAAAGUCGCCCACAAACUGCAACAGGGCGCACUACUCCAUACUCGGCGUCUACGGAAGAUCUUGAGGAAGCUGCGCGGGAAAUCGUCCGCAUUACCGACGACUGUGAAGUGCUCAUCCUCAAGCUUGCAGAAGAAGAAAUUGCUCGUCAAGAAGCAGAAUUCAAACUCAAAGCUACAGAGGAGAAAUGCCUUUCAAUCGAGCAAGAAGUACGUGAAGAAUGCUGGGCAGAAAUGGAUGAAAGAAUGCAGGAGGAGCGGAAACGGUGGCAGACAGCGUGGGAUCAGCAGACUGGUCGGAACGAAGAGCACCUUGAUAAAAAACUGGAGCUUGCCUCACGUAGCAUCGAGAUCUACGAAGACCCUGAACCUACUCGCGAUGAGCGAGUGGAUGAACUGGAACGAGAAAACGAUUAUCUCUAUAGCAAGAUCGCUGCUCUUGAGCGUCAACUGAACGCCCAGUCUCCUACUCACAAACCCAAAGCCGCGCCCGCGAUCCGGGAAAGCAACGGUGACUUCAGUCUCCUCAGCAACGAAAGCAGCGACCUAGAAAACAUACUUCAAAAAGCAAGCACCUUCAAACUUGCGGAAGAAUAUCAAUCGACUCCAAAAGCAAAGACCGCUACUACUGCGGCGAGCGCAAAGAAGCCUAGAAGAGUAACAGCCAGAAAGAAGGACCUCGGGCCAGAGGAUGAUUUAUAG